AGCGAAGCGAGCUCGCGCUGGCAAGGACCAAACAUAAACACAAUAAAAAAAAAAUGGCGAUGGCUAGCUUCGCGAGAAGAAAGGCAUACCUUCUCGCUCGAAAUUUCUCCAAUUCCAAUCCUGAUGCUCUCAGGUACUCCUUCUCGCUCACCGGCUUCUCCCGUGGAUUCGCCUCCUUGGGAUCUGAGGACAACGAUGUUGUCGUUAUCGGCGGCGGUCCUGGCGGCUACGUUGCAGCUAUCAAGGCCGCUCAGCUUGGACUCAAAACCACUUGCAUCGAGAAACGUGGAACUCUCGGUGGCACCUGCCUCAACGUUGGAUGCAUUCCUUCUAAGGCACUUCUUCACUCAUCCCAUAUGUUCCACGAAGCCCAGCAUUCAUUUGCCAACCACGGCGUGAAGUUUUCUUCUGUUGAAGUUGAUUUACCAGCCAUGAUGGCCCAAAAAGACAAAGCUGUAGCUAACCUUACACGAGGUAUUGAAGGUUUAUUCAAGAAAAACAAAGUGAACUAUGUGAAAGGGUAUGGCAAAUUCAUCUCCCCCUCUGAGGUGUCUGUAGACACUCUUGAUGGUGGGAACACUGUUGUGAAAGGCAAGAAUAUCAUAAUUGCGACUGGCUCUGAUGUCAAAUCUCUACCUGGGAUCACCAUUGAUGAAAAGAAAAUUGUAUCAUCUACUGGUGCUUUGGCUUUGUCGGAAAUUCCUAAGAAACUUGUGGUCAUUGGAGCAGGCUACAUUGGGCUUGAGAUGGGCUCAGUGUGGGGCCGGCUUGGUUCAGAAGUCACUGUUGUUGAGUUUGCCCCGGAUGUCGUCCCAAGCAUGGAUGGGGAAAUUCGCAAGCAAUUCCAGCGUACACUUGAGAAGCAGAAAAUGAAAUUCAUGCUCAAAACUAAGGUGGUAGGAGUCGAUACUUCUGGAGAUGGUGUAAAGCUGACGCUUGAGCCUGCAUCUGGUGGUGACCAGACAACACUUGAAGCUGAUGUGGUACUUGUCUCUGCUGGUAGGACUCCAUUCACUGCUGGACUUGGGCUGGACAAGAUAGGUGUGGAAACAGACAAGUUGGGACGAAUUCUAGUCAAUGAAAGGUUUGCAUCAAACGUAUCUGGUGUUUAUGCAAUUGGGGAUGUAAUUCCAGGACCAAUGUUGGCCCACAAGGCAGAGGAGGAUGGAGUUGCUUGUGUGGAGUUCAUAGCUGGUAAACAAGGCCAUGUAGAUUAUGACAAGGUUCCUGGAGUUGUCUAUACACACCCUGAGGUUGCUUCUGUUGGUAAGACUGAGGAGCAGGUUAAGGCACAUGGUAUUGAAUACCGUGUUGGAAAGUUCCCUUUCUUGGCAAAUAGCCGUGCUAAGGCAAUUGAUGAUGCUGAAGGGAUAGUCAAGAUAUUGGCCGAGAAGGAGACGGAUAAAAUAUUGGGAGUCCAUAUCAUGGCGCCUAAUGCAGGUGAGCUCAUUCAUGAGGCAGUAGUGGCCCUUACAUAUGAUGCUGCAAGCGAGGAUAUAGCACGUGUGUGCCAUGCACAUCCAACAAUGAGUGAGGCAUUGAAGGAAGCUGCCAUGGCCGCUCAUGACAAGCCCAUUCACAUAUAAAAGAUUGAAGAGUACUUGUUUUCAUUUGUCUUCAGGAUUUUUGCAAUGGUUUAAGCAAAGACUUGACCAAUUGACCUUUUCUUAUUUGUUUGUCAUUGAAGCAGAUGAAAUUCUUUAGUAGAAAUUUGCUUUUGUCCAUUCUCUUACAGAAUAAUUUCAUGUGUUAACAUGGCUGGGAUAUUAGAGAACGAUAUCAAUGCGAGUUGGGUUGCGUUUUUCUCA